AUAAAAGGUUAUUGUGGGUUGUUUUUCAAGAAAGGGUCGACCAGACCAGACCCACCAGACCUAUAGCCAAGGAUGGUUCUGUAAUUGACUCAUCCACCUGAAAACAAGAGAAUAUGGAAUGUGUAAAUGCUUCGAUUACGUCGGAUUAACCAAACCAAAUUUAAUAUUACAUUUCAGUAACUGAUUUUGUAUUCUUUUUGUUGGCCAUCUGCUGCUGUGCUGUUGCUUCCUCCAGCUGCUGCUGCUGCUGCUGCUGCUGCAUGGAAGAAGAAGAAGCAGCAGCUAAAAUCUGAACCACAUUUCUUCUCUUUCUGGGUUUUGGGUUUCAAGUGAGUUCUUCAUCUCUUUCCAUGUGUUUCCCGUGAUUCUAUCCAAUUUGUUGCUCUAAACAUUAGAAAUGGACAUCAUGCAACUUUGAUUAGCAUUCGCUUCACGAAUCCUGUGAAUUGGGUGGUUUUCUUACGCUUUUAACAUUGCAAGAUUAGGAGUUAAAGUUUCUUUGUUAAUUAUUAGCAUUUGGGGUUCUGAUUUCUAGUAGAUAGUUGGGGGGUUCGGGUUCGGGUUAUGGGGAUUCAGACGAUGGGUUCAAAUGGUGGUACACAAAAACCUAUGUUGGAUGGAUUGGCAAGACAAGGGUCUUUAUAUAACCUUACUUUGGAUGAAGUUCAGCAGCAAUUAGGGGAUUUAGGGAAGCCUCUAAGUAGUAUGAAUCUUGAUGAACUUCUUAAGAGUGUUUGGACUGCUGAAGCUAAUCAAGGUAUGAACAAUGGCCCCUUUGACCACACCGAACUCACUCAACUUGCUUCAGCUUCCUCUCUGCCUAGACAAUUGAGCCUUUCGCUGGCCACGGAUCUAACCAAGAAGACUGUUGAUGAGGUGUGGCAAGAUAUCCAAGAGGGUCAGAAGAAAAAGAAGAAGGAUACUGAUGAUAAUGAUAUAAACAUCCGUACUAGUUUUAAAGAUUUUGGUAGGAAGGGCAGUAGGGAGAGACAACCUACUCUUGGUGAGAUGACACUUGAGGACUUUUUGGUGAAGGCAGGGGUUGUGGCCGAAUCUUCUCCUGGUAAGAAAAAACAGGUUUUGGUUAUAGGAGUUGAACCAAUUGGGUCACAAGAUACACAAGAAGCACAGUGGAUGCAAUACCAAGUUACUCCAAUUCAGCAGCAGCAUGUGGUUAUGCCAGGCCAUUAUCAAGUUCAACCGUCCCUCGCUAUCGCUGCUAACCCAGUGAUGGAGAUGGGCUAUCCUGAGACACAUAUGACAAUGUCUCCUACCCCUUUGAUGGGAGGUUUAUCAGACGCACACUUGGCUGGACGGAAAAGAGUUGCAUCUGGAGUUGUGAUUGAGAAGACUGUGGAAAGGAGGCAAAAGAGAAUGAUCAAGAAUAGGGAGUCUGCUGCACGCUCACGAGCAAGAAAACAGGCUUACACCCAUGAGCUGGAGAACAAAGUUUCACGUUUGGAAGAGGAAAAUGAAAGACUCAGGAGGCAGAAGGAGGUGGAGAAGGUGUUGCCAAGUGUACCGCCUCCGGAAACAAAGUAUCAACUCCGAAGAACAACCUCCUCUCCUUUCUAACAAUGUUAUGCAGAGACCUUAGUUCUAUUUUCCACUGUUCCUUGUCAUUUCUUUUUUUGGGUCAUAGAAACCGUUUCUAGCCUCUGAUUUCAAGGUAGAGAAGGCCUGCUGUUUCGAGUUCUUGUUUUUGUUAACAGACAUUGUUCUGGACGCCUUGUGUUUCGUUUUUAGCGUUCCCGAUAAGUAGGUAAGAAAUGGCUUGAUUUGGAGUAGUUUGAAGUGAUGUACAUUUUUGUGUUGUAAUACCUUGGCGUUAGCUGAG